GCCGACAUGGGUUGGUCUCAGGAUUUGUUCCGCACCGUGUGGAGAGCGCUGUCCAAGGAAGUGAAGGAGCUAGUGGGCACAGACCACUUCGGGAACAAAUACUACUAUAUCCCGGCGUACAAGAACUGGAGAGGACAAAUUAUUCGAGAGAAAAGAAUUAUAGAAGCAGUAAAUAAAAAAGAAGUAGACUAUGAAGUAGGGAAUAUCCCAACAGAAUGGGAAGCUUGGAUUAGAAAAACAAGAAAAACUCCACCUACAAUGGAGGAAAUACUAAAGAAUGAAAAGUAUAGAGAAGAAAUGAAAAUAAAAAGCAAAGAAUUUUAUGAAAAAGAAAAACUCCUUAGUAAAGAAAGCAAUGAACUCUUGGCUCCACCAAUUGAAACUCAGAUUAAAGGCCAUGCAUCUGCCCCAUACUUUGGAAAAGAUGAACCAUCAGUGGAUCCCACCAGCACUGGUCAAACCUUUCAACCGGGAUCCUGGAUGCCACAAGACAGCAAGAAGCGCAAUCAAUGAGUGCCGUGGUAAAAAGUUGUUUCAUUUAUAUGUAUGUGACUAUUUUAACAAAUAAAAGUAAAAAAUUA